AUGCCAGCAAAGACCCCGGCUGCAUUUUGUCCAACGGGUGCCACGCAGCGAGGUCCCGACAACCCGGCUUCACACGCCACAGAGGUGGCGCUGCGAACGCCAGUAUUCCGGGCACAUAGCAACGACGACCACCAUUUGCGCAGUGUCCUCCUGAGGGCCAAGCUAUACGCUUCGGGGGUGGCUUCCGUCAACAACACAUGGCUGCCUUUAUGCAGGCGGCCUAGUCGGUGGCGCAGCUUUCGAACCAUUAUCCCGCACCUCGGGCCCAUUAGCCACCAUGAAUCAUGUUUCAAACCGCCGUGCUCCAGCCUCAAGCAGGUGUUGUCGGCGAUGGACUGCCAGCUUCCCACCGAAAGCUCGAUGCAGUGCCAGACGCCCGCCAGCCCGCUGCUCUCCCAGCUCGCCAUCGGACGGGAGAUUGUGGUUUGCUGCCAGGUCUUUGGCGAGCGGCAAAGCCAUCACGCUGUGCGUGGCCGCUUUGUAGAGCUUCCGCUUGGCGACCAGCCGGGACUCGACAAAACGCUGAUGGUGAUCGCGGUCGCGCUCGUCGCAGCCAGACUGUCGCAGAUGCUGAAGCACCUGGAUAGGGAGCGUGGGGGGGACUGGGAAGGCACCACGCGCCACCUAGGCGCUGAUCGGUCGGCCCCGGACAGGUGUGCCUAG